ACUUUACGGAGAAAAUGGUUGCUUUUUUAGGUUAUCGUGAAAGAAACCUUGCUCAGUGAUGUUUCUGUCAUUUUGCCUUGUCAGUCUUUAAAAUAUUUCAGCAUGACGUAUUUGAACCAACCGGAUUACGUGCGAUAUAUAUGUAAUUGCGGUUCAUUAAAACCUAUCUCUAAGAUAUAUUUCUGUCGACACUGCCUGAAAAUACGAUGCGGUUAUUGUGUCUGUCAAGAGGUGGAUUCUCAUUACUGCCCUAAUUGUAUGGAAAACUUGCCAUCGUCAGAAGUACGCCUUAAAAAGAAUAAAUGCUUUAAUUGUUUUGACUGUCCUUGUUGCUUUCAAACAUUAUCUACAAGAGCAGGUUUGGCACCUGUGAGAGCAUCGGCAGCAUCAGAAGCAGAGGAAGGCAAGGAUGUUAAGGCUACACCUAAGAAGGUAUAUUACCUUUUCUGUUCACUGUGUCGGUGGAGUUCUCGUGAUGCAGGGAUACCUGAUCAGUCUGUAGCAACUGGAGGUUGGCCUGAGCAAGAAAACCCAAAUAUGACACGAAUUAAUGCUCUCAUCGAUUAUCAUAAGAUACUAGCGUCUAUAGAGAAGCAACAAUGCGAGAGGAAAAAGUUUCGUCCGAAACGUUCGUUUAUGCCAGCUACAAUGUACAGUUUCACAUCCGCUCUGGUACGCAAACGUAUCGGGCACCCUAUAAAGCCACCGACGCAAUCUUACUCGACCGCGCAACCGGUACCGUCAGUUGCGAGCGAGGAAGUGGAGGAAUUGCCGAGCGAUAUAUUUACGGAACCUGUGGAUAUAACUAAACUUACCACGUUGGAGCAGAGAUUGCAACACCCGGACGUGCAAGCUGAGAAGAUAAACGAGCUACGCCCUCAGCACAGGCAAUUUUUAGUCAAGAGGUCACAACGUUGCCGAGUGUGCGAACAUAACGUCAGCAAAUCAGAUCUAUGCCCGCAGUCCACAAAAUUCAAGAUUUUAUUAGCCGCACUAAUCACAUUUUUCAGUUAUCACAUCCCAGAAGUGAAGAUCGUUACUUGCGAACCACUGCGACCGGGUAAAGCGAGCGAACUGUUGCUAAAGUUCUGCAAUCCGACGCAGCAUCAGACUCAGAUAACUAUACUGCCGUUGGACACCUCGUUAACUACCUCGCUCAUUGAAGAUAAAGAGGAUCUUAAACAGGAGAAUUCGCAACAAGGAUGCGAGUCCCCGAAUCUAUUGCCGUCUACCGUGCGGCAAAUGCCGGUGACGGAAGAUCCUAAGCCGAUCAAAGUUGCACCAAACGCCGAUUUGGUGUUGCCUCAUAGCCCGUUGAUCCUACCGCCAAGGGACGACGCUGCCGAAUAUGAUGAUACAAGUGAUAAUCACAAUUUUCAGGACGAUCCAAAGCUCGUAGUAUGGAGAAAGGGAAACAAAGCCGUGAUACGUUUACACGUAACUCCGCAUGAAAACAAUGACAACGAGGAGCCAGUAAUAGUUGGAUUUGUCAUGCAACACGGUUAUGUGAAUACUAUCGCAACGCUCGAGCACAAACCGCCGCAGAAAAUCGACGUGAAAAUCAAGUUGUAUCUUACCGUUGGCCGGCUAGUUGGUGAAACAUAAUCUAUUUCGAUUUAAUCACGAAUAUAUGAAUCGAUUACCAUGUUUAAUCGUGUAAUUAUCGUGUAAGGCUAAUUACACUAAUCAUGUAAUCGUAGUAGCUCUACUACACACGAGUGCUUUAUAUGUCUUUUGCCACAGUGGCUGAUUACAUUAUACUAAGAAUGCCUAAAUA